ACAAUGAGUAACCAAUGGAAAAAGUAUCUUUUUUGGUUUGCUCAAGAACACAUUGAUUUUCGUGCAGCUGAAAUGGAAUCUAUCCUUAGUAUGCUGGGUAUAAAUAUUUAUAUUCAUCCUAAAUUGUUAGACCAUCCUUAUUGGAUAGUUAACUUACCUUCAGAGACUGUUGCACAUAAAAUUUCAAGCAGAGCAGUUGGUGUACGGUUUUGUAUGGAAUUAUGGGCUAGUAGCAAAAGGAUUGAAGAUUUACACAAAACAUUAAAACUGUAUCCAAUCACAGAAAUUAAAAAGUACGGUGGACCACAAAAAACAUUCAAAAUAAUAGUUGAAACAUUUUGUAAACAUUUUUCACAAAGUGAAAAGGUAAACAAGAUUGAGGCUUUCAGUUAUUUACCAUUAGAAGGACCAGUGAGAUUAAAUAAUCCAGAUACAACAUUAUGUUACAUAGAAUUUUAUGGAUUAUAUCCUAAUGACAUUCCUGAAACACCUUAUGAAUUGUUUUUUGGUAGAUGGAUUACAAGUGGACAAAGGGAUUUAAUUCAGAAACUAUCUCUGAAAACCAGAAAAUUUAUAGGUAAUACAUCUAUGGAUCCUCAAUUGUCAUUGAUAAUGGCAAAUCAAGCUCAAAUUCAAAAGGGGGAUAUUGUUCUUGAUCCAUUUGUUGGCACUGGAUCUUUAUUAGUAGCUGCUUCUCAUUUUGGAGGAUAUACAUUAGGGACAGAUAUAGAUUUUUUAAUGCUUCAUGGUCGUACAAGACCUAGUAGAAUAUCACAAAAGAUUAGGGAAAAGGAUGAAAGUAUUGCUACAAAUAUGAGUCAAUAUGGAAAAAGAUCAUAUUAUAUUGAUGUUGUUGUAUCAGAUUUUUCCUAUCCUUUAUGGCGUUCUGAUAUGUGUAUAGAUGCUAUAAUUACCGACCCUCCUUAUGGUAUAAGAGAAGCAACAGAAAGGAUAGGUACAACUAAAUCAAAUCCAGUAAUAGAGGAACAUCAAGCAUCCUCUCAUAUACCAUCUAAAAUUGGCUAUGAUUUACCUGAAAUGUAUAAAGAUCUACUAACUUUUGCAGCUAAGCAUCUUAAAGUAACUGGCAGAUUAGUAUGCUGGUUUCCUUUAUUUAGGGAUCAAUAUUCAGAAAAUCAAUUACCAACACAUCCAUGUUUAGAAUUAAUAGCCAAUUCAGAACAAGUACUUAGUAAUUAUACUAGUCGCAGAUUAUUAACUUAUAAAAAAAUAAAGGAUCCAGUGGAAUCAGACGAAAUAAUUUCUACAAACUUAAUUGAUUUUCGAGAAAAAUAUUUUGCAUUACGAAAUGAAAGCCGAAAGGAAAAACGAAUGAAGAAAGCUGUAGAAAAAGCAAAGAACAGAGAACUUUGGGAACAGAAUAAUAAAGAAAAUGAAAAAAGAUGA